AUGUCGUCGAGCAGCGGCUUAACCUUCAAGCUCCACCCUCUAGUGAUCCUCAACAUCUCCGAUCACCACACUCGCGUCAAGUCCCAAUCCCAGCCUCCCCAAAUUUCCUCCUCUCAUGCCUCCUCCAACGGCGGUGGUGACUCCGCCCCGGCUUCGUCCUCUUCCGCGCCGUCACCUCCACCUAGGGUUUUCGGUUGCGUCAUCGGCGUCCAGAGAGGACGUACUGUCGAGAUCUUUAACAGCUUCGAACUUCUCUAUGAUCCCUUGAUGGAUAUCAACGAGAGCCCCGUGUAUGUUCUUCUAAAUCCGUCUAUCAAUCAUUCACAGAAGGAUCUGCCGGUUAACAUAUAUGAAAGUGAGCUGCAUAUCAUUGAUGGGAUCCCACAGCUAAUAUUUGUUCAUGCUAGCUACACCAUUGAGACUGUUGAAGCAGAACGAAUCUCUGUUGACCACGUUGCACACCUAAAACCAUCUGAUGGUGGCUCAGCUGCAACCCAGUUGGCUGCUCAUCUCACUGGUAUCCAUAGCGCUAUCAAGAUGCUUAAUAGCAGAAUUAGAUGGCUGCUUGAACAUCUUAUUACCAUGCAGAAAGGCGAGACACCUUGUGAGAACUCUUUGUUGCGCCAGGUAUCAAGUCUCCUGAGGAGAUUACCUGCAGUAGAGUCUCAAAAGUUUCAGGAUGAUUUCUUAAUGGAGUUCAAUGACACUUUGUUGGUCACGUAUCUGGCAAUGCUUACAAACUGCUCUAGGACCACGUAUGAUCUCGUCGACAAAUUUAACACGGCAUAUGACAGGCAUACUCGCAGGGGUGGACGGACUGCUUUUAUCUGA